UGUUGCUAUUGUCAAAGUGUGAUAAGAAAGAAUUCUUCUGCGUCGGUAAUAAACGAACAGAAUAACAAAUUAAUUUUUAGUUUUUCGCUUGAUCUACUAAACAAAUCAUAUAUUAUUAUUGUUAUUAAAUAUUUAUCAGAUAAGCUAAAAUGUACACAAGAUUGCUGAGACAAGUUCUUACAUUAAGAACUUACAGCACAAAAGCAGCAACGAAUGUACAAGUGCGGCCGAUCAACAAAAUUUUAAUAGCCAAUCGUGGUGAGAUCGCAUGUCGUGUCAUACGCACUGCUCGCCGACUUGGUGUACGCACUGUUGCCGUGUACUCUGAUCCCGACGAGCACUCAUUGCACGCAUCGCUCGCAGAUGAGGCUUACCGGGUGGGAGAAGCCGCAUCGGCUUUCUCCUAUUUGCGCGGACAGCAUAUUAUUGAUAUAGCUAAAAAUGCUGCUUGCCAGGCAAUACAUCCAGGCUAUGGCUUUCUCUCUGAAUCUGUGGAAUUUGCCGAAUUGUGUCAGCGUGAGAAUAUAGUGUUUAUGGGACCACCAAGUACAGCUAUACGUGAUAUGGGCAUCAAAAGCACCAGCAAAGCCAUUAUGGAUGCUGCUGGUGUCCCCAUCAUCAAUGGCUACCAUGGCGAAGAUCAAAGUGAUGAGCGUUUGCAAGCAGAGGCAGCAAAAAUCGGUUUUCCCCUAAUGAUUAAGGCUGUACGUGGUGGUGGUGGUAAAGGUAUGCGCAUUGCAAACACAAGUGAAGAAUUUCUGUCAGCACUCAAUUCGGCGCGCAAUGAGUCGCAGAAAUCAUUCGGUGACAGUUCGGUACUCUUGGAACGUUAUGUACGUUCGCCACGACAUGUCGAAGUGCAAGUGUUCGCCGAUCAAUACGGAGAUGCGGUAUAUUUGUGGGAACGUGAUUGUUCAGUGCAGCGGCGGCAUCAAAAAAUUAUCGAAGAAGCGCCGGCUCCUGGUCUAUCUGAGCAACUGCGCCGCGAAUUGGGAGAAGCUGCCGUACGUGCCGCCAAAGCUGUGGGCUAUGUUGGCGCUGGCACUGUAGAGUUUAUCAUGGACAAAGAAGAUCUUUCAUUUCAUUUUAUGGAAAUGAAUACGCGUCUACAAGUGGAGCAUCCUAUAUCGGAAAUGAUCACUGGCACCGAUUUGGUGGAAUGGCAAAUACGUAUUGCCGCUGGCGAACGCUUGCCACUGACGCAAGAGCAAAUCGGACGUAAAGGGCAUGCAUUUGAAGCACGUAUUUAUGCUGAAAACCCGCGUGGUGGAUUUCUACCAGGCGCUGGUCCCUUGCGUUAUCUUUCCACACCAGAACCGAAUGAGUUUGUGCGCGUUGAAACUGGUGUACGCGAAGGAGAUGAAGUGUCCGUGCAUUACGAUCCAAUGAUUGCCAAAUUAGUUGUUUGGGGUGAAAAUCGUACACAGGCGUUAAAUAGCUUGAUUGCCCGACUUCGAGAAUAUCACAUCACCGGUCUGGAAACGAAUAUAAAUUUCCUCAUCGAUUUGGCUGCUCAUCCCGAAUUCCAACUGGGCAAUGUUCAUACCGGCUUUAUUGAUCAGCAUUUUGAUACACUAUUCCAACCCAUCGAAAUCAAGGAUGAACAACUUUGUAAGGCAGCCACUGCUUUAGUUCUCAAUGAGACGCAAGUCUUCGGUAGAAACGCUAGCAAAAACGAUCCAUUCAAUGCAACACAAAAUGAGCGCUUAAAUUAUUCGCUGAUAAAAAGCUAUCAGCUGAAGGCUAAUGAAAAAGUCUACAACGUGAAAGUGCGCUAUGAGAAGUCCUCUCUACAAGUACAAGUCGAUAAUGGUGAGUGGAAGAGCAUAAAGUCCGAACGUGUUGCAGAUGGCGACCGACUGAAAAUCCGAGCAAAUAUUAAUGACAGCAUUUCAACAUUUAAUGCCAAUAUUGAUGAUACUGAAGUGACGCUCUUUUUAGAUAAUGGGAAAUUGAGUUUUGAACUCGUCCAGCCGAAAUUUUUAAAUGCACUCUCCGACCAACACAGUGGCGCCGGAGGCAACAAAAUAGUCGCCCCAAUGCCAGGUGUCUUGGAAAAGAUAUUGGUUAAGCCUGGUGAUACGGUGAAGAAGGGUGACAGUUUGGCAGUGCUGAUAGCAAUGAAAAUGGAGCACAUUCUUAAAGCUCCACAGGAUGCCACAAUCAAGUCAAUUGGCGGUGCAGAAGGCGAUAAUAUUGCCAAAGGUGCAGCAGUUAUUAUCUUUGAAGAUGAGGCAGCUGAAUAAAUCUCGAAGUGCUGAUUUGUCCAACAAUCGUACCAGAAGCAAUUGCAUUUACACAGCUAUACAGUGAAUAUUUAUAUAUAUAUUUUUUUAAUGUGGUGACUACAAAUUAUUAUAAAUAAUGCAUUUAUUAGUUGUUAAAUAAGGUUUUGUUAGUUAUUUGUUAACACUUGUUCUUGUACAAUAAAAAAUAUUAUAUAUUAUACAACACAUGAAA